AUUUUCCUUUCAAAAACCUUCACAAAACCAUAUACCUUUAUAUUAUGAUAUUGAUUAUUGUUUUUAUUUAAAAAAAAUAAUAAAAUAUAUAUUUUUUUCUAUAUUAUCAAUUGAUUUUUCAUUUAUCUUUUUUCUCAAUGUUUGUUUGUUCAAAAAAUGAAUUCAUUAAAAAAAAAUCAUUGGGUAGAACGGCAUUUUUGGGUGAUCAAUAUGAUGUUAGAUCUGAUUCUUUUUUAACUACAAAUAUUUUCAAAGAUCAAAUACCAGAAGAAAAAAUUCAAACUGCUAAUGUUUCUGAUUUAAGUUACGAAUAUUUUGUCUCAAGCUCGUCACAAGAAAAGUUUAACAGCUUAGGUGUAGAUGAUAAUUUAAAGCUUAGUAUCUUAUGUGGUUUAAUUGAAAUCACCAGUUCUGCAUCGUAUUUAAAGGAAGAUAACAACAAAAAAAAAGUAGUUAGAGGUUCGUUAAUUUACAAGAUAGAAACCUCUUUAGAUUCAAUCGAUAUAAAAACACUCGAAAGUCUAAUAGAUAUUGACAGCUUAAACAACAGCGAGGCUACUCAUAUUGUCACUAGAAUUAAAUAUGGAGCAAAUGUAAUUGUUACAUUUGAAAAGACUUAUAGUGAUGAGGCAAACAAUUCUGAGGUAUCUGGUUCUUUAAGUGCUGUUAUGAAAAAAAUUGGUGGCAGCUUUAGCAUGGAUGGUGAUAUCUCUUUAAAUUUAAAAGAAAGUGAAAGAAAAAUACUUGAUGAACUUAAAAUCAAUUUUUUUGGUGAUGUUAUCCCAAAGAAUGAAGAAAUCCCAGAUAGUUCUGAAGCUGCUUUAAAUAUUAUGAAAAAUAUACCAAAGUACUUAGAAACAGACAACAAAAGCAAAGGUAAACCAGUUGAAUAUAUGCUAUUACCAAUCGAAACUGUUAAAAGACAAUUAUCAAUCGAAACUGGAUUAGAAAGAGUUUACAAAAAAAUUGGAGAAGAUUUAAUCAAUCAAGUCGAAUUGGAAUUUCAACUAUUAGCAGCCCAUAAACUCGAAUUAAAGAGUCUCUAUGCAAAGCUACUCGAAAUGAAAGAUUUCUUUAACAUCAAUCAACUAUCACCAGUUUUUGACUUUAUUAAUAAAGUUUCAGUCAACGAAAAGACAUUUAAAGAAUCAAUUUCAGAAUUGAUAGUCGCUGUUAGAAGUUGUACCAAAGAUAUUUCAUCUCUUGAAGAAUGUGUCAACAUUUAUAUUUCAUCUGAAUACUCAUCUAACGGAAUCAAAAAGUUCUUAGAACUAUCACAUCAAGCAAACCUUAAAAACCAACUUUCAUUUAUUCAAGAAAUUAAAGCUUUAAAUAUUGAUAUUGUUUCAAAGACAAUGUAUAAAUCUGAAAUAAUCAAAAACUCAAAUGAUAAUUGUAAGCUCUACAUUCUCAACUACUACAAUUCAACAAGAACAAUAAAUCAAAUAUGGCAUCCAAUUUAUAUUUCAACUUUUAUUACCAAAUAUAAUGAAAAGAGAAAAAAAACAAAAUUUGCAAUCAUUGAUCUUGAAAUUCAUAACUCUUUACCAAACCAAGAGAAUUCAUCAAGCGAUAGUACCUCCAAAGUCCCAUUUAUUGAACUAUAUAUCAAUCAAAAACUAAAGCAAUCAAAUUUCAAAGUUAAGCAAAUCUCAAAUUUUGCUAAGUUUUUUAAAGUGGCUGAUUUCAAUUUUAAUGAUAAAGCUCCAAUAGAUACACCAUUUUUAAGACUAAAGUGCCCAGGUAAAGAUUGUCCAAAGGAUCUAAAAGAGUGGAAAUGUCUUAUUUGUGAUGAAGAUUUAAAGUAUAGCUCCAAAACUCUUUAUUGUCAAUGUGGCUCAUAUCCAGUAACCAGCUGUACUUUUAAAUGUUGUGAACCAAAACAUGGCAACGGUUAUUUCCAACUUCCAAACAAUAAAAUGGACCAAUUAAAAUACUUUCCACCAAAACCACCAAAACCACCUAAACCGUCAAGAUCAAUUUCUCUAUUAUUAAUGGGAGAGACAGGUGCCGGUAAAUCUACUUUCAUCAAUUCAUUGGUUAACUACUCUUUAUAUAAUAGUUUAGAAGAUUCAAUAAUUCCAAAUAAAAUUUCAAUUGUUACAAACGGAGUCCAAAAAGAAAUAUCCAUUGGUAAUGAAACUAAAGAUGAUUAUUUAUCAGUUGGCCACUCAUAGUUUAGAAGAUGACAUUGAAAAUAUUAUUUUAGAAGAUGGUUAUAAAGAAAACCAAAAAGAAAUUUGAAUUGGUCUGAUAAAAAAUAAAAAACAUGGUCACAAU